GACUCUCGACUGAGCUAUGUACCCCCAACCUUCUCUUCCGCUCGCUUAUGGCGGCGUGCCGUCGUCGUCGGCAGCCUUCUCACCGGAGACGGAACCAGGCAGCAUCGAAGACGCUCUGCUCCAAUUGGUCCAGGACCACCACAACAACUCCAUCAAGCUUCGCGAACGCACAGACCGGGAGAAGAAGGACGCGAUCAAGAAGGCUGCGCGUGCGGCGGAGCUGAUGGUGGAGGCGGUAAACGGCGGCGUGCAAGAAGCGUUCGUAAAUGAGAAGCGGAUCGAGCAUGAGAUUCGGGCUUUGGCGGCCACCAUUACGCGAUUCACAAAGCAAACGGAUCACUGGCUCUCCGUCACUAAUUCCAUCAACUCUGCCAUCAAGGAAAUUGGGGACUUUGAGAAUUGGAUGAAGAUCAUGGAGUUUGAUUGUAAGAGCAUCACUGCAGCUAUACACAACAUUCACCAACCUUGAUGAGCACACUUGUGAGUUGUGAGCUAAGUUGUUUCAGCAAUGUAAAUUCUGAUCAAUUUCUAUGUAUGUUCGAAAGCAUUUUCAAUCCUUGAAUUCGUUGCCUUUUCAAUCCGCUUACACGAUUCUAAUGGAAGUGAAAUUGUAUGUUUUUGUACAUUCCAGUUGGGGUUUAUUUUUGAUUCCUACAAUGUUUAGGAGAUGUGAACUUCUACCCCUGUGAUAUGUAAUUAUGUAUGGGGG